UACGUGUCUAUCUACCCCCUCCCCUCCGUAGUCGCAAAAUCAUGCCAGGACUCGACGAGUUUCAGCUCGUAACACGACGUAGAAGGCACACAAGACGUCAAUUCGUGAAUCACGUCCUGAAUCGCGCCCUGAACCCCCGAGAGCCCGAGAUAAACACCGAGCACCUCCUCCGUGAAGUUUUAGACGCUGUGAUAGCCCUAAGGAACUCCCCAUACCGUCAAAUAUUGUACAACGGCUUGGCAGAGUCCCUGAGCCUGCUCGACGUCACUGCCAUACCGGAAAUAGUCUGUUACGGGCUGGGAAAUUUCUCUGAGAGCCGUAGUGCCAAGUAUCAGCUGGCCGCCCUUCUGACAAUAAAAUCACGAUACAGGAGUCACGUGCACCUCUAUGAUCCCGUUUUUUUUUCCAAAGAGAUCGAGGUACUCAAGACACUUGGUCUUUCCAUGAUUGAGAUCAAUGAGGAGGGCAAGCGAAAGGUGGGAAAUGAUUUGACUCUGUUCUACAUGCCACACUGUUUUCAAGGCAUCAUUGCCAACUGCAUUCACGCCAAUUGGGGUAGAGGACUGAGCAAUUGCAUUCUCGUGACAAAUUCAUUCGGGGAAAUUCGUGAUGGCAUUGCGGCUGAUGCAGGCCUCAGGGACUCGGUCGAGUUGAUCAAGAGAAUUCACCCCUACGUCACUGAGUUUAAGUUAGAAGGGGACUUUGAUUCGGCGCGAGAAGCUUUUAACUCGACUUCCAUUCAUGUUUUCACGACUGAGAAACUUAACAGGGUGACGCAGGAGUUCUGGGAGGACAUUGGGAGUCCCCCCUUCAAUCAGGAGAAUUUUGAGAGAGACUUGAAUAGAUUGAGGGAGAAUUUUGUACUCGGAGAGAUUCAGUAAUUGUGGGAGCAGUGGGA